AUAAAACCACACUAAUUAUACUAUCUAUACCCUAAUAACUGUGUUCGGCACAACAACCCCACUCCGAACUGGUGUAUCGGUAACAUAUCCGCCUCUCACCAUUCGAAAGAAUUAUGAAUCCGCGGUUGCGCGGGGUUCGACUCCCCGGUUCGGAAUAUUUCAGAACCAUCUACUCUCAAGUAGACCAGUCAAUUUUUUUGUUUUUGUUUUUUGUUUUUAUACCUUUUUUUUUUUUAGCGAUCCUAGUGCUCUUACCUAGCAGGCGUAAAUUUGACAUUUUAGGCGGGAUGACGGUCUAGCUUUUUCGGAUUAAUGCUUAAUCCACAUCCCCGAUACGCUCCGGUCUAACAACCUCAACAGCUCCAAGUCACGUUUCUACAAACUAUGACGAGCGGGUAUGAGAAUCCCUUCAUUUUGGCAUCGGCCAAAUCCCCUCGUGCCAUAUAAACGGAUUGCCUCUUUAAAACCCGCAUUCUCCCCUCCAUUCCCCGCCUUUUCCAGGCAUUACACGCCCAUGGCAAACCGGACUUAUGAUGACGCCCUCGACUGCCUCAACAGUCUCCAGACCUCAUUCAAGACCCUGAAUGAAAGACGAGCCGCUGGUGUGAUACCAGGUCCACCUCACUAUGAAAACACCCUCCACGCCCUCAACCGCCUUGGCUAUAAACCACACGACCUCGACUGCCUAAACAUCGUCCACGUCGCCGGCACAAAAGGCAAAGGCACCACCAGCGCCUACGUCGACUCCAUCCUCGCCUCCUACCAGCGGAGCCACAAUCUCCCCUCCAAAAUCGGCCUCUUCACCUCCCCCCAUCUCGUCUCCGUGCGCGAGCGCAUCCGCAUCAACUCCCUCCCCAUCACUACCGAGAAGUUCACAAAGUACUUCUUCGACGUCUGGGACCGCCUCGAUCUGUAUAAUGCCAAAGAAGGCCUGGGCGCCUUGGAUAAGCCGCCGUAUUUCCGCUUUCUGACGCUGAUGAGCUUCCAUGCUUUUGUGUGUGAGGGCGUCGAUGCGGCGGUCUAUGAGGUUGGUCUUGGUGGUGAAUAUGAUGCUACGAAUGUCAUUGCUCAGCCUGCUGCUACUGGUAUCUCGACUUUGGGAAUCGAUCACGUGGAUAUACUGGGCCACACCAUCGAAGAGAUCGCGUGGCACAAAGCGGGUAUCCUCAAACAUGGCAGCCCGGCAUUUUCAGUUGAACAGCUCCCUGCGGCCGCGAGCGUAGUAGCGAAGAGGGCUCAGGAAAAGGACGUGGAGAUUGAAGUUCUACAAGUCGACCCACGCCUCAAAGACGUCCGCAUAACACCCGACGCCAAAUUCCAGAAGCAAAACGCAAGUCUCGCCAUCUCCCUCACAGAAACAGUAAUGAAGCGUCUCCAGCCCGAUUUCAAACUCCCCCCCGACACCCUCCCAAAAGAAUUCAUAGACGGCCUAGAACAAGUCGUCCUCCGCGGCCGCUGCGAGACAAAAGUCGAGGGUAACAUCCGCUGGUUCAUAGACGGCGCCCACACAGCCGACAGCCUCAAAGUCUCCGCGCAAUGGUUCGGCGGCGAGAGCGCCAGACACACCGCCAGCAAACGCGUACUGAUAUUCAACCAACAAGGCCGCGAAGAGGCCGUCGAGCUGCUCGAGGGGCUGUAUAACGGGAUCGCAGAGCAGGGGCUCGUGAAGUUCGAUCAUGUGGUGUUUUGUACGAAUAUCACGUAUGCGGAGGGGUAUAAGAGGGAUUUCGUCAAUGUGAUGUAUGAUCCUGCUGCCAUUAAGGGGAUGACGAUGCAGAAGGCGUUUAAGGAGAAGUGGGAGAAGAUGGAUCCGGAGGCGACGGUGGUGCUGAGUGAGACUAUUGAGGGGGCGUUGGGGUAUGUGAGGGGGUUGGCGGGGGAGGGGGGGGAGGUGCAGGCGCUGGUUACGGGGAGUUUGCAUCUUGUUGGUGGGGCGCUGGGGGUGCUUGAGGGGGAUGAUGCGUUGUGA